AUGUUAGGCCGAAUUUCUGUUGUAAAGUUGCAGGCAUUAGCCUCUGAGCUGAAGGCGGGUUUCACAGAAGCAAUGCAGGAGCUGUCACGGAUCCAGCAUGGAGAGUAUGCCCUGGAAGAGAAGGUCAAGAGCUGCCGCUGUGCCAUGGAAGAGAAGGUGGCUGAGAUGAAGAAUUCCCUCAACACAUUCAAGGAGGAGCUCAGCGAUGCCAAGUCAAUGAUUGAAGAAAUCAGUGCCAAGCAGGAGGAAAUGCAACAGAAAAUUGAGCAGCUGCAGCAAGAGAAGCGGCGGGAAUCACGGAAAAUGAAAGCUAAAAGAGCACAGAAGGAUGACCACGGGUCACAGACAGUGCCAACACCUCUCCAGGGCAGCCCAUUUCGGUCCAUCAACCUUCCAGAACCUGUGCUGAUUAAUGAAGAUUUUACGAGUCUUUUACACAAUGUGACGUAUGAAAAAGUGUCUGACACCAGGAUCAUGCCCAUGGGAGAAGGAGGUGUGAAAGUCAUAGCAGGCCCAGGAGCAGCCAUAGACACAGAUGACAGCCUCAAGCCUUCCCUGGCAACAGAGGGGCAGUCGAAAAUGCAUCUGCCAUCAACAGUAUGGAAGCAGCCCAAGGACACCAAGGACUGGGGAGAUGAAUACAUUUCCAAAGAGCAGCCAGAGAGAGGGAAAGACAUGGGCCAAAGCAGAUACAGCUCAGCAGACAACAUAAUAUGUGAACCCUCUUUGGCUGCCAAAAGGCAGAACAUCGCCUUGGAGCUGCUGGAGUCAGAAAGGAAGUACGUCAUCAACCUUUCCCUAAUCCUGAAGAUCAAGGCCACACUGCAAGGGCCAGAUGUGAAAAGAAGCACCAAAGAGAGAAGCUUUUUCCCCAACUCUUUGCGGUUCCUGGUGCAGCAGCAUGUGGAUUUACUGCACGCUCUCCAGGAACGAGUCCUGAGCUGGCCACGACAAGGAAUCCUAGGAGACAUCUUCCUGAAGCUGACAAAUGAUGAGAAUAAUUUUCUGGACUACUACGUUGCUUACCUGAGGGACCUGCCAGAAUGCAUCUCUCUGAUCCAUGUGGUGAUCCUGAAGGAGGUAGAAGAAGAAAUCAAGUCUGAUCUCUACAUUCUGUUCUUUCACAUAGUCCAGCGAAUCCCUGAAUACCUUAUUCAUCUGCAGAAUGUCCUGAAGUUCACGGAGCAAGAGCACCCCGACUAUUACCUGCUGCUGGUGUGUGUGCAGCGCCUCCGGGUUUUCAUCUCACACUACAGCCUCCUCUUCCAAUGCAAUGAAGACUUGCUGAUACAGAAGAGGAAAAAGCUGAAGAAGUCAUCCCUGGUGAAGCUGUACAAAGGUCUCACCUCCCAGUGUACAAGCCAGGAGGUUUCUCCAACACCCAGUGCAGCAUCAAUGCGGGACAGUGGGAUCCAUACUGAAGAGGCCAUACAGUCAUUCCCAGCAGCACCUUCCUCUGGCACAACCACCCCGCAUUUGAUGCCGCAGAUGAAGAAACCCCAGCCAGCCGUGAUGGAGAACAUCCAGGCUGUAAAGCCCCCUGACUGGGAGAUGGAAAGCAGAAAACACGAGAGGCCAGAGAACAUCCUUGCCUCCUCUCAGCUGACAGAGCAGGAACUUAAGGCCUUGACAGCCCCCUUGCAAUCCAUCCCCGAAAUGGAGUACGAAGCGCCACCGGCUGAUGCGGUGGGGAACACCGAGAGAGCCAUCAGAACCUCUGUGGAACUGCUGCAGGAUGCCAGGAACUUUGCACCAAGCUAUGAAGAGUUUGACUACCCUGGGGAGGUUUUCACCAUGCCAGGCCCCUACGAAGAUGACACCUUCCAAAACCUUGCUCUCUUUGAGAACUGCUCCCCGGCCUCUUCCGAGUCCAGCUUGGAUAUUUGCUUCCUUAGGCCUGUGAACUUCACCUCAGAACCGGAGAGGACAGACCAUGCCUUGCAGCCACUGCCUAAGAGCUGCACUCCCGUGAGCAGCAGCACCUACAAGCGUGAGAUGUUCCACAGCAAAGGGAAGCAGCUGAGCAGGUCCCUGAAGGAGCUGCCGCGGAGCGCGGAGGGCGUGAGCACCAGACUCUACAGCACGCGGAGCAGCAGCGGGAGCCGUCUGCAGCAGAAGCAGGACAGGAAUGUUCAGCCUCACAUGAUCUCAGCCUCAUCUCGAAGCUCCCAAAGGAGCUACUUCCCCCCACAGAGAGGAGCGGGUGAAAAACCGAGCUUUUUGGAAGAGCUCCAUGCAGAAGACAACACCAGGUUCUGCCAGAAGGAUGACAAUGAGCAAACAUCCUUCAGCGACCACAACCCGCGGCACGAGCCCAAGGGGGGGUUCCGGAGCUCCUUCCGCAAGCUCUUCAAAAAGAAAUAAGCAGCCCC